CGCCGCCGCCGCCGCCGCCCGGCUCCCCCGGCACGUCCAGGACCCGCUGCGCCAGGCGCGCCGUCCCCGGACCCCGCGUGCGUCCCCGCGAGGGCGGUGACCCGGCCGCUCGACCUGCCCGCCCCUCUGUCCCGCUUCCUGCCACCGUCGCCCCCUCCGGCCAGGGGCCCCCGCGAAAGCCGCGCCGGCCCUCGUCCCGGCUCCGCAGCCCCCGCGCCGCUCUCCGCGCCAUGGACGCCCCCGAGCCGCAGCCCGACCCCGACGGCGGGGAUGCCCCGGGCCACGAGCCCGGGGGCAGCCCCCAAGACGAGUUCGACUUCUCCAUCCUCUUCGACUAUGACUAUUUGAAUCCUAUCGAAGAAGAACCGAAUGCACAUAAGGUCGCCAGCCCACCCUCCGGACUUGCAUACCCCGAUGAUGUCCUGGACUAUGGCCUCAAGCCAUACAGCCCCCUCCCCAGUCUCUCUGGCGAACCCCCCGGCCGGUUUGGAGAGCCGGAUAGGGUAGGGCCCCAGAACUUUCUGAGCCCGGCCAAGCCAGCGGGGGCCUCGGGCCUGAGCCCUCGGAUCGAGAUCACUCCAUCCCACGAACUGAUGCAGGCAGGGGGGCCCCUCCGCAUGAGAGACACCGGCCUCCUGGGGGAGCGGCCGCCCCUGCCGGGGGUGGCUGCCAGCCCGAGGUUCACCCUGCCCGUGCCCGGCUUCGAGGGCUACCGCGAGCCACUUUGCUUGAGCCCCGCUAGCAGCGGCUCCUCUGCCAGCUUCAUUUCCGACACCUUCUCCCCCUGCACCUCGCCCUGCGUCUCGCCCAAUAACGGCGGGCCCGACGACCUGUGUCCCCAGUUUCAAAACAUCCCUGCUCAUUAUUCCCCCAGAACCUCGCCAAUAAUGUCACCUCGAACCAGCCUCGCUGAGGACAGCUGCCUGGGCCGCCACUCGCCCGUGCCCCGUCCGGCCUCGCGCUCCUCGUCGCCUGGUGCCAAGCGGAGGCAUUCGUGUGCAGGGCCCUUGGUUGCCCCGCUGCCCGGAGCCUCACCCCAGCGCUCCCGGAGCCCCUCGCCGCAGCCCCGGGACGACGGCACCCCCGCUGUGUACCCCCCCACGGCUGGCUCUGCCGUCCUCAUGGAUGCCCUGAACAGCCUCGCCGCAGACUCGCCUUGCGGGAUCCCCCCCAAGAUGUGGAAGACCAGCCCCGACCCCUCGCCGGUGUCUGCCGCCCCGCCCAAGGCCGGCCUGCCCCGCCACAUCUACCCGGCCGUGGAGUUCCUGGGGCCCUGCGAGCAGGAGGAGAGGAGGAACUCGGCCCCUGAGUCCAUCUUGUUGGUGCCGCCAUCGUGGCCCAAGCAGCUGGUGCCUGCCAUCCCCAUCUGCAGCAUCCCAGUGACUGCAUCCCUUCCUCCACUUGAGUGGCCACUCUCCCACCAGUCAGGCUCCUAUGAGCUUCGAAUUGAGGUGCAGCCCAAGCCACAUCACCGGGCCCAUUAUGAGACAGAAGGCAGCCGAGGGGCUGUCAAAGCUCCAACCGGUGGCCAUCCUGUUGUUCAGCUCCAUGGCUACAUGGAAAACAAGCCCCUGGGGCUUCAGAUCUUCAUUGGGACGGCUGAUGAGCGGAUCCUUAAACCCCACGCCUUCUACCAGGUGCACCGGAUCACGGGAAAAACUGUCACCACCACCAGCUAUGAGAAGAUUGUGGGCAACACCAAAGUCCUGGAGAUCCCUCUGGAGCCAAAAAACAACAUGAGGGCGACCAUCGACUGUGCGGGAAUCCUGAAGCUUAGAAAUGCCGACAUUGAGCUGCGGAAAGGCGAGACAGACAUCGGGAGAAAGAACACGCGUGUGAGGCUCGUUUUCCGAGUGCACAUCCCGGAGUCCAGCAGCAGGAUUGUGUCCUUGCAGACGGCGUCCAACCCCAUUGAGUGCUCCCAGCGAUCCGCCCACGAGCUGCCCAUGGUGGAAAGACAGGACAUCGACAGCUGCCUGGUCUGUGGGGGCCAGCAGAUGAUUCUCACCGGACAGAACUUCACAGCCGAGUCCAAAGUCGUGUUUACUGAGAAGACCACAGAUGGGCAGCAAAUUUGGGAGAUGGAAGCCACAGUGGACAAAGACAAAAGCCAGCCUAACAUGCUUUUUGUUGAGAUCCCUGAGUAUCGGAAUAAGCACAUCCGUGUGGCAGUGAAGGUGAACUUCUACGUGAUCAAUGGGAAAAGAAAACGAAGUCAGCCUCAGCACUUUACCUAUCACCCAGUCCCAGCCAUCAAGACGGAGCCCACUGAUGAAUAUGACCCCACCUUGAUCUGCAGCCCUGCCCAUGGGGGCCUGGGGAGCCAGCCUUACUACCCACAGCACCCGAUGGUGGCUGAGUCCCCCUCCUGCCUCGUGGCCACCAUGGCUCCCUGCCAGCAAUUCCGCUCGGGGCUCCCGUCCCCUGAUGCCCGCUACCAGCAGCAGAACCCAGCAGCUGUUCUCUAUCAGCGGAGCAAGAGCCUGAGCCCCAGUCUGUUGGGUUACCAGCAGCCAGCCCUCAUGGCCACCCCCCUGUCCCUUGCGGACGCCCACCGCUCCGUGCUGGUACACGCUGGCUCCCAGGGCCAGAGCGCAGCCCUGCUCCACCCCUCUCCGGCCAACCAGCAGGCCUCACCAGUGAUCCACUACUCACCCAGCAACCAGCCGCUGCGCUGCGGAGGCCACCAGGAAUUCCAGCACAUCAUGUACUGUGAGAAUUUCGCCCCCAGCACCACCAGGUCCGGCCCUCCCCCCGUCAGUCAAGGUCAGAGGCUGAGCCCGGGGUCCUACCCCACAGUCAUUCAGCAGCAGAAUGCCACAAGCCCAAGAGCUGCCAAAAACGGACCCCCAGUCAGUGACCAAAAGGAAGUAUUACCUGCAGGAGUGACAAUUAAACAGGAGCAGAACUUGGACCAGACCUACUUGGAUGAUGUUAAUGAAAUAAUCAGGAAGGAGUUUUCAGGACCUCCCACCAGAAAUCAGACGUAGAAGAUGCCAUUAGCAAGACACCUUCCGUAUCUGACCCCUCCGAGCCUUCCGCUGCCCCUGACCUUCCGUUUUCUUUACUGUACACCUCCUGGCCUGGAGUCCACCCACGGGACAGCGUUCCAACAGAAAGCUGAUUCUCAAUUAAGGAGCACCCCCACCCACCCACCUCUGUCUGUAGACACCGGGGAGAACCCUCUGCCUUUUGAUUUUUGUUUUAAAUCCCAACAAGCAUCUCAGUUGACUUACCGGCGGCCCAUCCAAACCUAAGUGCCUGCUGACCAAAAACACAUUCUGAACAAGACAGCACGCUGGAACACGCCUGAGAACGGAGUGCCCGCGGCCAGGGAUGCGGGCUGGGGUGGGGGUGGAGGAUGGGGGCACCGUGAUGAAACCCCAGCCGUCGCGUUCAUUUUUCCAGGUCACAGAUUCCUGGUGUAGCUCCUGUCGCUUUGAAGGAAAGGAGUUCUCAAACCGAGCAACCAAAGGGACCUGGCCCCAGAGUCCGGCUUACAGGCUGGAGAAAAAGAGAAGCCGGACCGUCAUCCUUAGAGACUGCCUCUUCGACAUGACAGUUGGGCCACUGCAAAAGCUUUAUUUUAAAAUUUUCACUUUUGGAAGCAAAGCCGUCUGGCCCAUACAAGAUCACCUGUUAAAACUCAAUGUUAAGUUAUGACAUAUAUACACGUUUGUUCCUUUUUUUUCCCCUCUGCUUCAAAAAGCAGGCCAACGGCGGCUAGAGGCGGCGUGCUCUUGGCCAGCCACUCGCCACCCCCGCAGGACACGCCCACGGACUGGAGAAGGAGUCCGGGCAGCAGAGUGGACCCCGUCCACUGCAGCCCCACGUGACGGCUUUUUGACAUUCUUGCUUGCUUUCUUCCUAAGCUGCAGUGUUUUUCCAUAGUAAUUAAGGGUCUUAAGCAUGUGCGUUGAAUUUUGAGAAGGAAUGGUAGAAGGGCUAAAGCAGAACUAAAAAUUAAGGUGCAGGUAUUUUUGUUAAGUAAAAUGGUGGUGACAUGAGGCAAUUGGCAGGCCUAAGUGUUUCUCUAAGUGGGUUCCCCCACGAGAGGAGAAGGGCUGAAUUCCCUCUGUGGCCCAGACUCAAAGUGGGACACUGAAGCUCAGGAUUUGGCCCCAGAGUUCACAGGUUAUUUUUACCAGCACCCCUUUAAAGCUCCCCUCAGGCCCAGAGACCCGUCUGCAUUCGCUGCCCUGUCUAAACAGAAGCAAAUCCACUCAUGCGCAUCCCUUAGUUUGGUGGGUGCUGCUCAGACCAGUCAUUUUCGUGAUUUUUCCUCCAGUUGUCUUUCUCCACCAUGCACACCGAGAGUCCUCAAGAAUUUCUCUUUUGGUGCAAUUUUGGCAAACAACUAAAACCCUCAGAGAACUUGGCAGGUGAAUUUUUAAUCACACAGAUGUGUAUCUGCUUGCAUUUAUUGCAGACACUAGGAUAAGCCAAAGAUUCAUUUUCAGCCAUUUAAUGUCUUCCUCAAUAAUCCACACAGAGUGUAAAUAUUCCUAGCACUCUUCAAAAGGCUGUACUUAGUGAUUUCUCAAUCAAAUCUGGUGGGCAUAGGCCUAAGAAGAGAACCAUGGCAGUUAAAGAUCCACUGUGGGUUUUCUAAGUAUUGGCUUUCCCAUCAAGGUUACCCAGAGGUUAAAUGUCCCUGCCCACCGGGCCAGGGGCACAGGGCAUGUGACCGUGGCCUGGUGUGUUUGGUGCUCCAGAUAAAGGACAGAAUGCCCGGGUUGGGACUUGUGUACCCCACACUGUGUAGCCUUUUCCUUAAAACCUAGCAUUUAUUUUCCUUAACAACAGGGAACUUCUCUGCCCACCCCAAGCACAGAGUUUAGCAAAACUCUCUUUUAAACCAAGUGCCAGUAGGAAGUUGUCCGCUACUGCAGACCUUCUGGGAUGCAAAAAUUCUACCUAAUUAAUUAAAAAAAUUCUUUAUACAAGUAGCUUUUACCUAAAGCAUUUUCUCUCCAGCAAUAUUGACUUCACUGGGGAAGAGCUAAAGUGUUUGGUGAAUGAUUUGGUCACCCUUGACCUGGCUAGGAGCCAUUUUUUUGCACAUGAGGGAAUUUGGCCUUUCCUCAGUUAUCUGAAUGUCUGACCCAAGUGCCUUCCUGCUAUUGUAGCAAAUUUGCUCAGCUUCAUUGUGCAUGGGCUGAAAAAGGACUAAUGCGUUUUCCAUCAAUCUUCUAACCAUGUUAGUGAAAAGAAACUCCUGGUAGUUCAAACUCCUGUACAUAUAUAUGUGUGUGUGUGUGUGUGUGUGUAUACACACACAAACUCUUUUUCUAAGAAAUCUUAGUUGAUUAGAGGAAGCACUUCCAUACACAACUAUACCAAAUAGCAAAGGAAAGAAACACAAGCAUUAGUUUUGAGACGUAAAUGGGCAAGAGAACGCGUGUUCAGAAGCGACAGCUGUCAAGAAAGUUUUGUCAGUUACAAAUGCAGGAGGCAGUUUUGCCAAGAGUAAUUGCUCACGAAGUAUUUUCAGUAUGGGAAGAGGCAAUAAGAUCCUCUAAGAGAACGAGUAAGGCAGGCUAUCCAAAUGGUCAAGAUGUGUGUGUUGCACGUGUUAGAAGGAUCUCAGGUCGAGGUUUGCACUUGCUACAGCCAAGGUAAUGUAAAUAGGUACCACGCCCAACAGCAAUCUACCAUGUUGCUGAAUGUAGUAUAUUUCCAAGGUUUGCAAGUCUUCCUGUAUUGUACAAAAAUAUUGCUGCUUGAUAAUAUAUAAUAGCAAUCCAAAUUAGUAUGUUAUUAAAUUUUAUUUUCUUAUCUGUAUUUUUAUGCUUUUUAUCUGUCUUCAAAUUAUCAUACCUGUUGGAAUUAGAAACUAUUUAUAAAUGGUCAGAAAUCUUUUUCAAUGGCCUUUUUACAUAUAUGGUGAUUUUUUCUUCCUUAAGAGUAAUGAUGUAUUCCUGAACAUUUGUUAAUCAUU